AUGGGGAGCGGAGUGGACCGAAAACCCUUGGCUAGCGAAGAUGACUCUCCGAUGAUUUGGACAAGUGUUAAGAGGACGACGGCGGUGAAUACAGAUAGUGUUUAUAGCGAUUAUAGCGACGAAAAUAGCGAUAGAGACUGUGGUUCAUCAAGUUUUGAGGAAACGAUCGAUGAGAUGACCAAUUUGGGUACACAACCUUAUCUUUUUGAGCCUGAAGCGAGUACAGACGAGGAAUCUACGGCAGCUAGUCCUCCGGAAGCCACAAAUCAAGAUCGACUUGGGAACAAUGACUGGUGUACCUGUGGUCGCUGCCCCCCAGUGACUUCUAUUGCAGAGUCUGUGUGCUGUCAGGAAAUUCCACAAGUAAUGGCUGUACUUGAGGGAGAUCCCGGGAAGCCAUGCAUCAUAGAACACACUGGUUUUCAACCAGUAUGUCUGCAUCCAUCAGUUCUUCGUACUGCAUACUAUGUGUAUCGACAACAGUAUGAAGAACUCCCCGAAACUGAUCGGCGGAUGCGCUACAUAGGGUACAGACAACUUGCUAGAUGUGUUGGGGAUGGUUGGGGAGACAAGUCGUGCACCACUUCCUGCUUGUGCUGUCUAGAAAAUCCGGGACACAUAUCCAGAGGAAGAUGGUGA